AUGUCUAGUACUCAAGUAGGAAAUGCUCUAUCUAGUUCCACUACUACUUUAGUGGACUUGUCUAAUUCUACGGUUACCCAAAAGAAGCAAUAUUAUAAAGAUGGCGAGACGCUGCACAAUCUUUUGCUUGAACUAAAGAAUAACCAAGAUUUGGAACUUUUACCGCAUGAACAAGCGCAUCCUAAAAUAUUUCAAGCGCUCAAGGCUCGUAUUGGUAGAAUUAAUAAUGAAACGUGCGACCCCGGUGAGGAGAACUCGUUUUUCAUAUGCGAUUUGGGAGAAGUCAAGAGAUUAUUCAACAACUGGGUGAAGGAGCUUCCUAGAAUUAAGCCAUUUUAUGCCGUCAAAUGUAAUCCUGAUACCAAGGUUUUGUCAUUAUUAGCAGAGUUGGGCGUUAAUUUCGAUUGCGCUUCCAAAGUGGAAAUUGACAGAGUAUUAUCGAUGAACAUCUCGCCGGAUAGAAUUGUUUACGCUAAUCCUUGUAAAGUAGCAUCUUUCAUUAGAUAUGCAGCUUCAAAAAAUGUAAUGAAGUCUACUUUUGACAAUGUAGAAGAAUUGCAUAAAAUCAAAAAGUUUCAUCCUGAGUCUCAGUUGUUAUUAAGAAUCGCUACCGAUGACUCUACCGCUCAAUGUCGACUUUCCACCAAAUAUGGCUGUGAAAUGGAAAACGUAGACGUUUUAUUAAAGGCUAUAAAGGAACUAGGUUUAAACCUGGCUGGUGUUUCUUUCCACGUCGGUUCAGGCGCUUCUGAUUUUACAAGCUUAUACAAAGCCGUUAGAGAUGCAAGAACGGUAUUUGACAAAGCUGCUAACGAAUACGGGUUGCCCCCUUUGAAGAUUUUGGAUGUAGGUGGUGGAUUUCAAUUUGAAUCCUUCAAAGAAUCAACUGCUGUUUUGCGUCUAGCGCUAGAGGAAUUUUUCCCUGUAGGUUGUGGUGUUGAUAUAAUUGCAGAGCCUGGCAGAUACUUUGUAGCUACAGCGUUCACUUUGGCAUCUCAUGUGAUUGCGAAGAGAAAACUGUCUGAGAAUGAAGCAAUGAUUUACACUAACGAUGGUGUAUACGGGAACAUGAAUUGUAUUUUAUUCGAUCAUCAAGAGCCCCAUCCAAGAACCCUUUAUCAUAAUUUGGAAUUUCAUUACGACGAUUUUGAAUCCACUACUGCGGUCCUCGACUCUAUCAACAAAACAAGAUCUGAGUAUCCAUAUAAAGUUUCCAUCUGGGGACCCACAUGUGAUGGUUUGGAUUGUAUUGCCAAAGAGUAUUACAUGAAGCAUGAUGUUAUAGUCGGUGAUUGGUUUUAUUUUCCUGCCCUGGGUGCCUACACAUCAUCGGCGGCUACUCAAUUCAACGGCUUUGAGCAGACUGCGGAUAUAGUAUACAUAGACUCUGAACUCGAUUGA